AUCUAUUCCAUGGCGACAGAGCCCAGCAGGACGGGACGACUGCGGCGGCUCAGCCAGUUGCGGACCUACACCCAGAGCCACCUCAUCCCCUCUUCUCCUCCUGCAUCGUCUUCUCCUCCUCUUCCUCCUCCGGCACCUCUCGCAUCUUCUCCGCCCAGCAGCAGCAGCAACAACCAGAACAACAGUAACAAGAAACGCAAUCGCAACAGCCUGAGCCGCGUGGUCGGCUUCUCGUCGCCCUUUCAUUUUUCCACCUCCGCCAGCGCUCCCGAGCCCGAACAACCUCCUCCAAACAAUAACGUCACCUCCACGCUCACCGCUGCUGCCCACGACCUUCGCUCCUCCGGCAGCCUCAGCACGAACUCGGGUGAUCUGCAAGACCAGACAGGAUCGUCCGCCUCAUCGCAUGCGCCCGUCGCCCCCGCCACCGCCGAGUCUGCGAUGCCCGCCGGCGCCCCGCGAGACCCUGGCCAGCAGGCGGGUUCAGCCUCUCCCCCAGAGGAGUCGUCGUCCUUGACCCCAGAUGCCGAUUUUGCCUCGUCCACCAGGCCCAAGAUGAGUAGCAAGACCAUCCGCUUCUUCUCGCACCAGGACCCGCACCACACGUCGCGACCGUCGCUGCAAUUCCCGCCCAUGUCGCGCACCAUCCCGUCGGAAGACUCUAUCAUCCGGAUCGGGCGGUACUCUGAGCGCGAUGGCGUGCCUAUCGCCAAUCCGACCGACCCCUCAGACGCUCCCAUGGGCUUCAAGUCCAAGGUCGUCAGCCGGAAACACUGCGAGUUCUCCUUCUCCAACGGCCAGUGGCACAUCAAAGAUGUCGGGAGCUCGUCCGGCACCUUUUUGAACCGCAUUCGCCUGAGUCCGCCCAACAUACCGUCGCGGCUGUACGCUGUGCGCGAUGGCGACGUUGUCCAACUGGGAAUCGACUUUCGAGGGGGGGAGGAAAUGAUUUUCCGCUGUGUGCGCAUCCGGAUCGAAUGCAACCGUACGUGGCAGCAAAGGCCAAAUGAAUUCAAUAAAAACACCGAAAACCUGAUUAACAACCUGGGGAAAGGCAAGGCGGCCGCUGAUUUUGCUGGCUGUAGGGAAUGCUCUAUCUGCCUGGGGUCUGUCCUGCGACCGUAUCAAUGUCUCUUCAUGGCGGCUUGCGCACACGUUUGGCAUUACAAGUGUAUCAGCCGGUUGAUCCACUCCCGCGACUAUCCCAUGUUUCAAUGUCCCAACUGUCGUGUCUGGACGGACUUGAAUGCAGAAGUAGAUGAUACGGUCGAUCUCGAGGAAGAAAACCAGACCGAAUUGGAGUCAAAGCUAGCAGACGCCGAGGAUGGAAAUGACACGACGACAACCCAGGAUGAUUCUGCCACGGCUGAAGAGCAGCACCCAUCGGGCCCAGGCCAGGGCCAGGCUAGUAGAGAUGCGGCAGAGGCCAAUGACCUUGCCGCCAUCGUGGAGAAUAUGGACCUGGAAGACAGGAGCACGCCGAUGCAGGACGGCGAGAAUCCCGACAGCGGGAACAACAGCACCGCCGAGACUGGCACCCCUAGCGAGUCUAGAGGCCGAUCUGCCAACAUACCAAUUCCAGCAAGCUCGGGGCUUCGGUUACGGCCGCCUAGUCCAGAUUCUUAUGCUCCCGAUAACUUUGAAGACAACCCGAUGACGCCCAGAAACGACACUGGCCCUCUGGCCCUGGACGGCCGGACAGGGCCUCCAGACCUGGGACACGGCUUCCCCAACAACCGCCACCAUUUUCGCGCAGGGACGCACCCCUUCAUGUUGUCGAGUCGCAAGAAGCCGCGGCGGCUGCCCCUGGUGUUCCGCUUCAUCAAGGGCGCCAUCCACGGCGCCAUUCUGAUUCCUGUCUUUUGCCAUGCGGUCUUUACCGCGGUGGUGGUCGUGCUGGACCGUCAUGUGUUUAACACCGUCGGGCUGCCGAGCACUAUUAUCCCCUCCCUGUCCAUCGUCGUGGGCUUGAUUCUCGUCUUCCGAAACCAGACAUCCUACAAUCGCUUUUGGGACGGCCGCAACGGCAUUCAGACCGUACACACUUCGGUCCGCAACCUGGUGCGCGUGAUCCUGACUCAUGCGUACACGGUCGACCGGCCGCUCACGUCCGCCGAGAAAGACGACGUCGAGCGCACUAUUCGUUUCCUAAUGGCUAUUCCGUAUGCAGUCAAGAACCAUUUGCGUGCGGAAUGGGGCGCGGCUUGGGCUGGCAGGGUUAUCGGGCAGGAUAUCGACGAGGAUGGGGAGUCUGUUUUCAACCCAGUGUAUGCGAGUCUAUUACCUGUAGGGUUAGAGGGCCACGAACAGGAUGGACUGGGUUUGCCGUUCCAGUUGACAUUUUUUGUCGACGCCUUUAUCAAGCGUGGUGUGCUGCGGGACUGGUUCAGUGCCCCCGGGGCGAGUCAAAUGCAGGCUCAGCUGGGCACCCUGACGCAAGCGAUUGGGUCUUGUGAGGUUAUAAAAAUGACGCCUAUUCCUGUUGCUCAUUUAAUCCACCAAAAGCAAGUCCUAGCCCUCUUCGGCUGUGUCUUGCCCUUCGCCAUGGUCGACGAGCUGAGCUGGUGGUCCAUCCCCAUCGUAACACUGGUAAUUUUCACUCUGUACGGCAUUGAGGGCAUCGGCUCGCAGCUCGAAGACCCGUUUGGAUACGACCGCAACGACAUCAAAAUGGACGCGAUUGUGUCCGACGCCAACGUGGAAAUCGAAGUUAUUCUGGACGAAUGGAGGCGUGUUACGGCCGCAGCAGAGAUUGCGGUCAAGCAGGCUGGUACGCCGGAGGAUCGAGUGGCGCCUCCUCCUGCUCAUCCUCUGUCGUCCAGUCCGCGGUAUCAGCCUGGGGAUUUGUUUUUGAGGGCGAGACCGAGGUCAGUGAAUGUGAAUUGGAACCGGGGAGCGUAA